AUGCCAGUAUACGACCAAAUUGCACUAGACGUGUGCUGGGAAACUAGCGGUACGAUAAGCUCCGCCACUAUCGCUUCUUAUUAUAAAGCUUUCCGGGAUGUAUGCGUCUCUUACUUUAACGCGCACCCUGUUAAGUUAGGAGGACCAGGCAAAGUCAUCAAGAUUGAUGAGGCGAUUUUGGCCCUCAGAAAAAAUAAUAAAGGAAGGAUUGUUCCACAUCAGUGGUGUUUUGGAGGGAUCGAGAGGGCAAUAAGUGCCUCAUUGUUGCAGUUGAGCACAGGGAUGCUGCUACCCUUGUGUCGCUUGUCCGGCAGUAUAUCCUCCGGAGUACUGCUAUUAUAUGUGGGCAGCUUAUAA